AUGUCCACCGCCGGCGCAGUGCCUGGCCGCCGGGGGCUCCACCGCCCGGGCGGCGGACGAGUGCAGCCCGGCUCCUCGCCCCCACCUCCUCCUACUGCGGCUGUCUCGUCGCGAGAGGUCGGCCGGCCGUUCCGCUGGCGGCGGCUGGGGGUGCACGGCCGCGAGUGCAGCCGCCGCGGUCACUGCUUUCAGGACGCACGAGAGCCGAGGAGAGAAGGCGUGCACGCCAGCAGGCUCCCGCCGCCGACCCCAGCCCCUCCACCCACCCGCCCGCCCCGGGCCUGGCCGGCGGCGCCGGGGGGCCCCCCGCGGCUGGCGGCGCUCACGUUGGCUGCAGGGCGCUCGCGCGGCGCCUCGGCCCGGGUCGCAUCCCUUUCCCCGCUAGCGCUCGCCCGGAAUGUGGGGUUAAGCUACGAGCACCCCCGGAGGCCUUUAAGGAAAACAGUCUACUGGCUGCGCACAGCUGCAGUUGAGGGCAGGGAAGGGGAGGUGCUGGAGAGACCAAACAGGUCCAACGGUGGCUGGUCCCCCCACGCCACCCCCAGCUUGGCAUCUGAGCUGGCAUCCUCGGAGGACCCAGCUUUAAACUGGAGCAAAAGGUCAGCUCUCCACUUGGCCUUUCCGGAGGCGACACCCCGGCUAGAGGGAGCCAGUGUGCUCGCGGGUUCCCACCGGCCCGCACCAGAGCCCGGGGAUUUCCACCACCCGGCUUCGGAGACCCGUCGUCGCCGGCGCUUUCCUGCCCCGGGGCUGCCAGAAGGCGGGGCGUCAGAGCGGGAAGCCCUCGCUGCGGCCUCGCUGUCCUCGGUCAAGUCUGCCGUUCAAAGUGCUCUUUCAUUCGGGAUGCUGGAAGCCUGCCAUGUGCAAUGCAGAUUUCGCUGUGCCUGUGCGCAGAAGGAACUGAUAAAUGCCGUUGCGGUUGCCAUGGGGACGGGAGGCUAUCAGAAUGGCCUUGUGAUCCGCAGCCUCCUCGCGGCGCGGCAGGCUCUCGCUCCGCGCUCCCGCCCCGCCUCCCGCGAGUCGCGUCACCACCCAGGACACCCCCCAGUGUGUGCCAGGUGGCUGGAACGGACACCGAAGAGGAAGUGUCCCCGGGUGCCCCACCAGAGCAGCACGGAGCUGGCAGGCCUGCUCAAGGGGCCCGCCCAGAGCUCUGGGGAGCAGAACUGGGACAGAUGCCCCAACCCCCAGCAGCUGCAGGGGAAGUGCCCUGAGGAAUGUGUGGUGUUAAUUCAAGGCAGCAGCGUCUCCCGCCUGGAUGGCGGCAAUGGCCUCCGAUCAGUUCCCCCCACUUCUCCCCCCUGGCAGGAGGUCCCUAAAGAAAGGAGCUUCAGCUGCAGCCCCUUGGGCUCCUUCCCUCAUAUCUCCUGGCUGCAGGCCCACCUUGGAGAGGCUUCACCCCGCAGGCUGUCUCUGCGGUGUCAGCUGGAGAAGCCAGCCACCACGGAAGGCCAGGAUGGAGGUUGGGCCGUGACCGGUCCCCUCUGA